CCCUCACAUCUUGCCUUCUUUUAACACCCUGGCCAAUGGUUGCAGAUGAAUUUGCUCAUCUGCUAUCUUGUCGUCAUGACCACAAGCAGAAGGAGAGAGAGAGGCCGAGGAGCUGAGGCUGUGGAUGGGCUGCUGCGCGGAGCCGUGCGUGGGUGGAGUGUGCUAGCUGUCAUCCCCAGGAGCAGCGCGCCACGAAGGAGAGCCAAGUUGUCGUGCAAGAUGCACACUUAUUGCCACUCACUGCCAAGCACUGACAGCCACCGGGAAGUGGGGCGAAGCAGCCGCCUGUAAGGGCCAACCUCUGAUGCAAGUCAUUCUGCCAUACUAAUGCCCUUUCCAUGAAAAAAUGAACAGAUUAUUAAGGUCGAUGAUGUUUGGUCAUGUUAUCUGAAGGGAAACAGUAUGUGGGGUAGCGUUUGCUACUGCUAAAGGGGACAUGGGAGUCAUACUGUCUUUGGCUUUCUUCGUGGAUUCUACUGGGAAAGAGGAACAGCAGCAGUUAGACUGGCAGAAAGAAUCACAGCAAAAACUGUGUACAGAAGUAGAUCAUCAAGGUUUACUUUGAUUACUCGCUGGAAGAAUGUCUGAGCAAGACAGUGUGAACGAGGAAACAGAGACAGAACAGCAACUGGAGUGUUAUCCAUCUAUUUUAGAAACGUGCAUUACAGACAGUGAAAGCCCGGAGGUAGACGAUGGAAAAAAAGAGACCGAGGAUAAGGAUGGUGAUGUUAAGACAGAUGUUCAGAAACGAACAAUAACCUCAGGGCAGCCUAAAAAAAGAGUCAAGUCAGGAGCCAAGGGCAAACUGGUCCGAAGCCUGGCUGUUUGUGAAGAGUCCUGCUUACGUCCAGAAGGUGUCUUGGAAAAUCAGGAAGUUAUCCAGCUCCACCUAACUAGUUCACUAAGCAUUCCAGAUGAUGACAAAUCCAGCAGAGAUGAGUUUGAGCAAGAGAAAGACAAAAACAAAGAAAAGGAUAAAACGAAUGAAAAACCCAAAGCUAGAACACUGUCAAAAGAUUUUAGUCAGGAGUACACAGACUCCACAGGCAUAGACUUACAUGAAUUUCUUGUCAACACUUUGAAAAAUAACCCCAGGGAUAGAAUGAUGCUGUUGAAAAUAGAACAGGAAAUAAUAGAUUUCAUUUGCGAUAACAACAACCACUACAAGAAGUUCCCUCAGAUGUCUUCAUAUCAAAGAAUGCUGGUGCACAGAGUAGCUGCAUACUUUGGAGUGGAUCAUAAUGUGGAUCAGACAGGAAAGUCUGUCAUAAUCAACAAGACUUGUACCACCAGGAUACCAGAACAAAGAUUUGGAGAACACAUUAAAGAUGAUCAAAGUGACGAGUCUCAAAAGCGUUUUAUCUUGAAACGAGAUAAUUCUAGUAUAGAUAAAGAAGAUAAUCAGCAAAGUAGAAUUCAUCCGUUUAAAGAUGACAGAAGGAGUAAAUCAAUCGAAGAACGAGAAGAGGAUUAUCAAAGAGUAAGAGAGAGAAUUUUUGCACAAGAUUCAGUUUGCUCCCAGGAAAACCUUUUUCUGGAGAACAGGCUUCUGGAUGACAGAAACUUGUGUAAUGACACACAGAAGAAAAGGCAGUUGUUUCGUGGUAAUAGAGAUGGCACCGGAAAGACAUCUGGAAGUAGACAGAGUAGCUCAGAGAUAGACAUGAAAUGGAGUGAACAGAGACCCUGGAGCAGUACAGACUCUGACAGCUCCAAUCGUAAUUUGAAGCCUGCUAUAACAAAGACUGCCAGCUUUGGAGGGAUAACCGUUUUGACACGGGGGGACAGCUCAGCCAGUAACAGAAGCACUGGGAAGCUAUCCAAAACAGGUUCCGAAUCUUCCAGCAGUACUGGAUCCUCUAGCUCCCUUUCUAGAAUGCACCAAACAAUCCAAAGUACAGCGAUUGUCCCAGCAGCACCAGUGAAUUCCUGCAGUAAUGUCUCCUACCACGAAGGUGGAGUGAGCAGUCAGGCGGCAUCCGCCAGCACCAGCUAUAUCCUGCUGCCCAUAGAAGCUGCAGGCAUACCUCCAGGAAGCAUCCUUCUCAACCCUCAUACAGGGCAGCCAUUUGUAAAUCCUGAUGGCUCACCAGCAAUAUACAACCCUCCCAGUGGUCAGCAACCUGUGCGAAAUCAAAUUGUUGGGCAGUGUCAGCAGCAGUCUAAAACACAGCAGCAACAUUCACAGCCGCAGACACAGACACAGCAAGCACAUCAGCACUUGGCAAGUCAGCUUGUAACGCAGGCAUUGCAGCCAUCUUCCCAGUCUGUCCAUUUUCCAGCGGUUUCUUAUCCUUCACAGCAUCUGCUGUCUGCAUCUCCAACUCAGCAGCUCUCUGUGGUAUUUCAGCGGGAUGAGCUGACAUCACAAUUCAACCAGAUGAAUUUAAGCCAUCAGUCAUCUGCAGAGGCCUCUGAGACUUCAGCUGGCACUGUUUAUCCAUCAUCCUUAAUGCCUCACCCUUCCCAGCAGCCAGGCUAUGUAAUGCAGUCCACAAAUCAGCAGCUUCCACCUGGGAAUUUUACAGGCUCAGGGUCUGCAGGACCACAGCCAGUACUUCAUCCCCCUCCUCCGCAGGGCUAUGUACAGCAAUCACAUACUCAGAUGCCAAUAUACUAUUACCCUUCUGGUCAGUAUGCUACCUCAGCAACUCAGCAGUACCGGCCAGUGGCCUCAGUGCCGUUCAAUGCCCAGCGAAGUCAGCAGAUGCAACAGACAACACAACAAGCUGGAUAUCAGACAGUGGUAUCUAACCAGCAACCAGGAUUCCAGAGUUUAAUUGGGAUGCAGCAAGCCACGCAGAAUCAGGGUCUGAUGAGCAGUCAGCAAGGAAAUCAGGUGCAAGGCAUGAUGAUUCAGUACCCAGCCAUGUCUUCUUAUCAAGUGCCAAUGACACAGGGUUCUCAAGGAUUGCCUCAGCAGUCUUACCAACAGCCAAUCAUGUUAGCCACUCAGUCAGGCCAAGGGACACUUCCAGCUUCUGGAAUGGCCGUUUAUUGCAACGUCAUACCUCCAUCAUCACAGAACAGUUUACGAUUGCCUACUCCCCAUACUCUGCCACAGAUAAUGCUUCGAUGAUCUCUAGCAGCUCAAGGAUGGGUUGCAUGAGUGCGUGAUUCAGACAAAGUACUGAUAGUAGGCAAAUGUUCACAAAGCUGAAAAAGUCCUCUGAUGCAUUUCCUGGCAAAUAUACUAUGGCCUUCAGCUGGAGAGAUGGUAAAGCCAGAUGCAACUCUCUAGUGACUGCAGUUUUAUGUAAAUGAAGUAAUGGUAACAUGUUUUACUGGUUAAUGGUGCAUAUUUUAGUCAUGUCCCUGCUAGGUAUGCCUCCAUAGCUUAGCUAGUGACAUGCAUUCACUGAGGUGAACCUUCUUCCACCUCUUCAGUGAAUACCACUGUGUAGAUUGUAAAAUCCCCGAUUUGAACUAGUUUUGUACUCUGUGUUAUUUGUGAAGCUGAACAUAUUUAAAAUAUUAUAAAACAUUGUACCAAAGCUGUAAUGGAAAAGAAUUGCUAUAUGGAAGGAAUAAUUUAUAUAUGCUAAAGAGUUUUAUAUGGAUACAUAUAUAAAUAAA